AUGAGCGCCUGGAAGGGACAUGAAGCCAAAUUCACACACGACGGCCUUCCUCACAAGACUAAAACCGCUCAAAAAUCAGAAGGAAAAGAACCAGAGCUGAAGUCCCUCGCCGACGGAGACAGUGGCGUGCUUCUUAGUCUUGAAUUGGUAGAAGGAUCCGCUCGUCAACGUCAAAAACAGUACUUCAGUGAAUUUGGAGAAGGAACUGCAGUUGUAUUGCGAUUAGUGGAGCAAUACAAAGGAGCAUGUCGUACCAUAGUGGGUGAUAGCGCUUUCGCUUCGGUAAAAACGCUUGUUCAAUUAAAAAAAAGACUUGGUUUGUACGUCAUGGGCAUCGUAAAGACAGCAAGUGUCGAGUAUCCAAAAGCCCAUUUGAAAAAAUGGGUAGAAACCGAUCCGCUACGGGGCUCCUUCAAGGUCAUGAUGAGUUUUACUGAAUCCGGUAAGCAAUAUAUGCCUUGUGCUGGGCAGACCGUAAACACAAAAUGCUGA